AUGUAUGUAGAAGAAUUAUCUUUAAUUAUAAUAGUUGGAGAUAUAGAAGGAUCAUUUUCCAUUAUAACAGAUGAAGAUGAAUAUGUCAAAAAAUCACCUUUAAUUAUAAUAGCUAGAGAUUUAGCUAUAGUUAGAGAUGUAGGAGAAUUAUCUAUAGCUGGAAAUAUAAGAAAAUCGCCUUUAAUUGUAUUUGCAGAAAAUAUUAAAGAAUUAUUAAUUAAGAAUUUUAGGAGGCUUAAAAAAAGACCUCCGCCGGAAGAAGAUGCAAAUCUUUUGAAAUUCAACGAAGAAUUUAAAAGCGGAUCCGCCUCGGAAUAUUCUUGUUUGAGUUUAUCUGAAGUAAUUAUUUUAUUAGAGCAAGUGAAAUUCGAAAAUCCCGAAAAUCACGGGACGUGUGUCGAUAAAAUGAUCGAUUAUUGUAAGAUUUUUCGAACUUUCAAAGGUAGAGAAACUAUAGAAGAAAUUCGCAGAACGCUGAAUAAACACAUAUUACAUGAAUACGAAAUUUCUCAAUUAAUCAACUUUGUUCCUAGUAACUUAGGAGAGGCUAAAUCUUACAUUCCUAGCUUAGCAUUGAGAUUUAACGAUGAAAAAAUUGAAGAAAUCAUUGAAGAUAUUAACGAAUUAAAGAAGUAUCAAGGAUAA